CCCUCUUGUAGUGGUGAAAGCCUGAAAACAAGGACCAAAAUCAAGCCCAAUAAGAUUUAAUGGCGGAAUUGAAGCAGAAUUCAUGUGCCGCUGACGAGCAACACAACGAAUCCGCGCCUCGUAUUCAUUCCACCGUCGCCUUCUCCUUCCCAAGGACUAUGGGCAUUACGGAAGCACAACUUCAGAAGCAGCUUCGCGAGCAACUCGAGAUACAAAGAAAAUUGCAAUUGCGGAUUGAAGAACUAGGGAAGUACUUUGAAAUGGUUGAAAAAACGGGGAAAGAACAAAAGGCAUCGUCACCUGCAUCUGAUGAACCCCCUUUCUCCCCGCCCGCCAGAGGACAGGACUCCCCUCCAAAUGACUAUCAAGAACUCGCAGACCAGGUUUUUAUGGCAUUAUCAAAGCUGUGAUUUAUGUGCAUUGGUGUUUCUGCACCUGUAGUUAGAGACUUAGAGCUAUUCUUCUCCUUAGUUAGAGACUUAGAGCUAAGCUCAGUGUUUAGGGGAAGGGAAUCACCAUUCUUGAAUCCUUGAAAUAACUGUCAAUUGCAAGAAAAGAGGAAUCCUUCAAUGUCUA